AAUAACCUCCAAUAAAACACAAUAACCUCCAUUACAUUAAGAUAACCAAUUCAUUUCUUCUUACCAUCAUAUAAUAAAAAUGAUUUUUUCUCAAUUAAAUACUUGGUUUCUAUGUUAGGUUGGGUGACACCUAAAGCCCUUGAGCUCCACUAUGUAUUUUUUUUAUAUAUAUUUAGAAAAAUUAACCUAGUUUGUAAGGUAAGUAGAAUCUAUCGAAAUUUGACCAAGUUCUUCCCCCAAUCAUUCCCCAACAGUGCCCCAAUUCCCACUGUUAAAAACACGUUUGGUCUGGUGGUGCUGAGAAGCAGCUAAGCUGAGCGACCUAAGAGAGACACAUUGUUUAUUGAUGUGGGUUAAAUGGAUACCUUGUUUAGGCUAGUAAGCUUUCAACAGCAACAGCAACACCAUCAACCACAACCCGAUCCAUCCCUCAACUCCACCACCAGCAGAACCUCUAGCAGUUCCAGAUCCUCCCGACAAAACUACUACCAUUACCCCCACCAAGAAGACGAAGAAUGCUUCAACUUUUACAUGGAUGAAGAAGACCUGUCCUCGUCUUCUUCCAGACACUACUACCCGUACCACAACGUAUCCACCACCACCACCGCCGCCACAACCAACACCUUCAGCACCACCACCAACACCGAUUACUCCUACUCCUUCUCCCCCACCCCUCCCCUCCCCGACUUCAACUUCCAAUUCUCCCCCAACUGGUCCCACAACCUCCUCCUCGAAACCGCACGCGCCUUCGCCGACAACAAUAGCACGCGCCUCCACCACCUCCUCUGGAUGCUCAACGAACUCAGCUCCCCAUACGGCGACACCGAUCAAAAGCUCGCCGCCUAUUUCCUCCAAGCCAUGUUCAGCCGCGUCACCGACGCGGGAGACCGAACCUACCGAACCCUGGCCUCCGCAUCGGAGAAAACAUGCUCCUUCGAGUCAACGAGGAAGACGGUGUUGAAAUUCCAAGAAGUCAGCCCCUGGACAACUUUCGGACACGUGGCGUCCAACGGCGCCAUCUUAGAAGCCUUAGAAGGAAACCCCAAAUUGCACAUACUUGACAUCAGCAACACCUAUUGCACUCAAUGGCCAACCCUUCUAGAGGCAUUGGCAACUCGAACCGACGAAACCCCGCACCUCAGGUUAACCACCGUCGUCACCGGGAGGACCGGUAACUCCGUGCAGCGCGUCAUGAAGGAAAUCGGAACAAGAAUGGAGAAGUUCGCGCGACUCAUGGGCGUUCCGUUCAAGUUCAACGUCGUUCAUCACGCCGGCGAUCUCUCCGACCUCAAUUUCUCUCAACUCAACCUCAAAGACGACGAGGCCCUGGCCAUCAACUGCGUGAACGCGCUGCAUUCUGUUUCCCCGGCGGGGAACGGCCGCGACGCGUUUAUAUCCUCGCUGCAAGGGUUGCAGCCUAGGAUCGUGACGGUGGUGGAGGAGGAGGCAGAUUUGGACGUGGGAAUCGAGGGCUACGACUUCGUGAGGGGUUUCGAGGAGUGUUUAAGGUGGUUUAGGGUUUACUUCGAGGCGCUGGACGAGAGUUUCGCGAAGACGUGCAACGAGAGGCUGAUGCUGGAGCGCGCGGCAGGGAGGGCGGUGGUGGACCUGGUGGCGUGUUCGCCAGCGGAUUCCCUGGAGCGUCGGGAGACGGCCGCGAGGUGGGGGACGCGGCUGCAUGGGGGAGGGCUAAGCGCGGUGCCGUUCAGCGAAGAGGUUUGCGACGACGUUAGGGCGCUGUUGAGGAGGUACAAGGAGGGUUGGUCGAUGGUACCGUGCUCCGACACCGGAAUAUUCCUUUCGUGGAAGGAAACACCGGUGGUGUGGGCCAGUGCAUGGAGGCCUUAACGUAAACUCACGCUUGAUGAUGAUCGCGUCGCAAUCGUAUGAUCAUGUGGCUGGCUUUGACGAGGAUGAAUGCGUCGCACGUGUGCUUGGUUUUUUCGGCACGUGCGCAAGGAUGAUGGAGUUUUCUUUCAGUGUUAAUUAUCGGGCUUUAUUUAUUUACUUCCUAUUUUGUUCUUUUGGUUAAAUAUAUAAGUUUGGUAAGACA